CUAGAAGGGAGUUCCAGCUCAAUGUUAAAGACCAUUAAAACAUCAAAUUUCACAAAAACGCUGCGACAUUUUUUAUUGGCAUUUAGCCAUUUAUUAUAAUAAGACAAACUUGGGUAGUGGCUAGACUUAGCUUGAAGCCGGUCUAGAAUGGAGCCGUAAGGCGCCUCCUUCCCUCUACUAGCCUUGGGUGCGCACCUUAGGCAAGUGCUAGUACACCCUUUGCCUCCCUUGCCAGGGUCACGGAUGGGCGGAUGAGCUACUAGAGUGCUAACACUGGCGGUUCUGAUAGUCAAAUCGGCUUCAGUUUCGGCAGAAUGCAACGAGCUUCUCUGUGGUCACCGGCCAGGGCGGAAGGGCUCCACGACGAGCUCAACGGCCAUCAUGUCCUCGUGCCUCCGAGGUAGGUUUUUGAGCCAGAGGCUAGGACAAGGACAGUCUGAUGUAAAACCUACGACCCGUGGAUCUUGCUGUCACCGUCUCAGCUCGCUAGGCCAUGACAGAUGAACCCCGGUGUAAAGGGUGGGGCCAGCACUGCGCACACUACACUUCACUUUAAAACUCAUCUGCGCACGCUCGAAGGAUACGUUCACAUCUGCGACGCCUUCAACUCUACCAAGUCCUGUAGGGAUGGGAAAGGGGCGAAACCGGCAGGUGAAAGAUGUCUCUGGAAGCCGCAGUCCCAAUCCUGCAUGCAGGCGGUUCGGGAUAUUGGUCGCCUGAUUUUGACUCGAGAUGACAACAUCACUCGGCAGCACCCUGAACGACCAAGCAGCCCUUUUUAGGGACAGCACUGUUUGCUCCACAAGGAGAGGGGCCUAGAAAAGGUGGCCUAACCAAAGCUCCUCUCUCAUCCCCCCAGUUGGCUUGCCGUGGUCAACGGGCAUCUUUACUAGCGGUCAAACAGCAACAAAGAAAGGAAGGUAUGUACCCACUGGUAUGGGUGCAAAAGCACUGAAACUGGCAUGUUGGAACAUCAGAACCAUGCUUGACAAAGCUGACAGCAACAGACCUGAACGUCGCUCUGCUUUGAUUGCACAUGAACUGUCCAGGCUAGGUGUCGACAUUGCUGCCCUCAGCGAAGCUCGCUUCCCUGAAGAAGGCAGCCUUCAGGAGCAUGGCGCCGGAUAUACCCUCUUCUGCUCAGGAAAACAUGCAACAGAAAGGUGUCUCCCAGGCGUCGGCUUCAUGGUUAGAACCUCCAUCGCUUCCAAGUUGGAAACCUGCCAACUGGUCAUUCUGACCGCAUCAUGUCCUUGCGCCUCUCUCUGAAGAACAAAAAGUAUGCCACGCUCUUCAGUGUGUAUGCCCCUACUCUUCAAGCUGUGCCUGCAGAAAAAGACAAGUUCUACUCAGAGCUCCGCAGAGUUCUUCGAAGCACCUCCUCAGACGAUAAGGUGAUAAUCCUUGGCGACUUCAACGCCAGAGUGGGACAAGACGCUGUUGCCUGGAAAGGAGUGCUUGGCAGACAUGGCGUUGGUAACUGCAACGACAACGGGCGCUUGCUGCUGGAGUUUUGCAUGGAGCAGCAACUUGUCGUCACCAACACCAUCUUCCAACAAAAGGACAGUCUGAAAAAAACCUGGAUGCAUCCUCGGUCCAAACACUGGCACCUUAUUGACUACGUUCUAGUGCGCCAACGAGACCUCCAAGACGUCUUACACACCAGAGUGAUGCCCAGCGCAGAAUGUCACACUGACCAUCGCCUCGUGCGCUGCAAACUCAGACUUCACUUCAAACCUAAAUCAAGAAAGGGAGGGCCCCCAAAGAAAAUGUUCAAGCUCAGUAGGCUACAAUCAGCUGUAGUGAGAGCUGACUUCCAGACGUGCUUGCAGUUCAAGCUUGAAAACGACGGCUGCCCAGAAGAUCCCUCACCUGAUCCACUUUGGCUUCAUUUGAAAAGAGCCAUACUGCAGACAUCAGAAGAAGUCCUGGGGCUCACCACUAAAAAGACUGGCCAAGGCAAGCAGCGCUUUUGGCAGACUGUAUAACAGAGUGUGGAACAACAAGUCUUUGAAGAAAGGCACCAAGAUCUGCGUGUACAGAGCCGUCGUACUCACCACCCUCUUGUACGGCUCUGAGUCGUGGGUAAUCUACCGUCACCACCUACGCCUCCUUGAGCGCUUCCAUCAGUGCUGUCUCCGCACCAUCCUCAACAUUCACUGGAGUGACUACGUCACCAAUGUUGAGGUCUUCACACAGGCGGAGAUCACCAGCAUCGAGGCCAUGCUACUGAAGUCGCAGCUACGUUGGGCAGGGCACGUUUCCAGAAUGGAUGGUCAGCGCCUGCCCAAAAUUGCCUUGUAUGGCUAACUUUCCACUGGCCACCGUGACAGAGGGGCACCGAAGAAACGCUACAAAGACUCUCUGAAGAAGUCCCUCGGAGCCUGCCAUAUCGACCACCGCCAGUGGUCUAUUCUUGCUGCUGACCGUGAUUCCUGGUGUCGUACUGUCCCCAGGCUGUCUCCUCCUUUGAGGACUCUCGUACAGAGAACUUGAGGGAGAAACGCCGCAGGUGGAAGAACCGGGAACCUUAAGCCGUACCUGACAUGACCUUUGACUGUAGCCGCUGCGGCCGAACCUGUUUGUCUCGCAUCGGACUUGUAAGCCACGAGCGUGCUGUAGUCGACGUGGACAGCCCCCUUCAUAAAAUCUUCGUUCGCGAAGCCAAGCCAAGAAAAUAAUAGGACAAAACUUUUAUUUGAAGUUUUGUUUGCACAACAUAAGUCGUUAAAUAUUUGGAAAAGAUUUUAUUUCUAAUCUUUGAUUUUUUCAGCUAUAUUAAAUAAUUGUAACGUCUGUUAUCAGAAAUUCUUCGGGUGGAUGCUUUAUCUUACUUUAUGGCUAUUUGCGUCAGCUUUCAUAUAACUUGGGAUGUUUGAUAACCAAAAUAGUUCAAAAUACAUGAAUAAAAGUAAACUGUGUGUAAAUUUUAUUUAAAUUAAAGUGCACUAAAAUUGAA